AACCAUUUUUUACUUACUGGAGCUACAGCCUUUAGCUGCUAAGAUUUCUCCAGAUAGCCCUUAUCCUUCUCCGCCACAAUCUUGCUCCCUUCUUCUUCUCCCUCGCCGGAACCAGACGAAAACGCCUGCGCCACCACUCGUCUCUUCCGAUGAGGUAGCCGGCGAAAAGAAAAAGAAAAUGGUGGAAACGCUCAAUCUCCUCGCCAAUGGUAAAUCCUCGCUUCCCUGCCUUAAACCCAUCAAUUUCCCUUCCCAGAAUCAUGAUUCCCCUUUACUCUCUCGCCCUAGCACUCGCCUCCACUUCCCCAUUCUCUCCUCCAAAACUAUCACCGCCGUUUCCGUGCCUUCCAAGCCCGCCUCCGCCGCAGCAAUUCGAGUAACCCCCAACCCAUCGCCGCCCAGGCCUCCGCCUCCGUCGUCCGAUUUCCAGGAGAAAAUGUACUACCUGGACUCAAUCGGCCUCGACGUAUUCUCCCUGGCCAGGGACCACCGACCCAUCCUCCUCUCCGCCUCCCUGCCGGAAAUCAAAUCCAUCAUCGACUUCCUCACAUCAAUGGACUUCACCGCCCAGGACUUCCGCCGCAUAGUCUCCAUGUGCCCGGAAUUCCUCACCGCCAGCGCCUCCUCCGUCAUCCCCGUCUUCACCUUCCUCCUCCGCGAGGCCGGCGUCCAGGGGUCCGACAUCCGGCGGGUCGUCCACCGCCGGCCCAGGCUCCUCGUCUCCAGCGUCAAGCACCGGCUCCGCCCCAGCCUGUACUUCCUCCAGAGCAUCGGGAUAACGGCGGCGCACAGGCACACCUACUUGCUGUCCUGCAGCGUGGAGGACAAGCUGAUCCCUCGAAUCCAGUACUUCGAGGAGAUCGGGUUCUCGCGCAGGGAGGCGGCGGCCAUGUUCAGGAGGUUCCCCCAGCUGUUCAAUUACAGCGUGAGGGACAACAUCGAGCCGAAGCUGAAUUACUUCGUGGUGGAGAUGGGUAGGGAGUUGAAGGAGCUGAAGGAAUUCCCCCAGUAUUUCUCCUUCAGCUUGGAGAACAGGAUCAAGCCGAGGCACCAGUGCUGCGUGGAGAAAGGGGUUUGCUUCCCUCUGCCCGUGUUGCUGAAGAUGAAGGAUGUUCAGUUUCGGCAGAGGGUGCAGCUUCUCAGUGAGUCUUCGCUUCCAUUCAGUUCCUCUCCUCUGUCCCGGGUAGAUUUUGAUCCCCCAUUGUAGUACAGUACAGAGUAUGAGAAAACUGUCACGGACCAACUUUUGGCCGGCACUUAGCACUCAAGUCUUGUUAGAGCACUAAGUCAGUCUUGCUCGUAUUCACUCAAACUCACAAGUUGAGAGAAAACUCUAAAGAUAGAAACUCUCAAUUUCUGGAUGAAUGACAAAUGAGGGAGAGGGAUGCUUAUAUAGGCAUUGUGUUCUAGUUUGCCUUCUGUAUCUCGAUGAGCUGCUGAUUGUGACGAAUGUAAAUGGGUAUAGCUCGGGUUACUAUGUUGAAUUGUUGAUGACUGAACUUGUUGAGGGUUUUGAGCAUACUCUGGCGGUUUAAGUGGGACUGAGUUAUGAAGGGAAUCUGUUGACGCAGGCAAGCAUCUUGUUUAGUGAUGGACGUUGGCGGCUAUAUGAAGAAAUUUAGAGACACGAGUUGGAAAUGCCAUUUCAGUGUGUCUAGGAAAAUCAAGAUCCUGAAUAACAAAUGGAUUUCCGAUAA